UGGCGGUGUGACAGUUACGGCUCCCAAGAAGAGCACGCACUUCGUCAUCUAUGCGGAGCGGCGGUUCUACGAAACCCGCGCUAUAAGAGCACCAUCAUCUCAUCGCGUGGAACAGCCAUAGCAGUCGGGCAGCGGGGCGGGCGAGCCGCGCGGAGGGCCUCCUCCUCCGACCAGGUUGAUUGAUCGCCUUCUACGUAGAGAGCGAGAGAGACGUCCCUGCGAAUUACCGUCUUCUCCUUGCCUCACCCCCAUCCCCCGUGAGGCGGGAGGAGGCGCGUGGCGGAGGGUCGAUUGAUAAGAUUGGGAGAGGUUGGGAGGGGAGAGAUGGGAGCGUCGCUCUCGAAUUUGACGGAGGCCGGGAGCGACGGGUCCGGCGGGCCGGGGCUGGGUGACAUCCCGGAGAGCUGCGUGGCCUGUGUGUUUACGUACCUGACCCCGCCCGAGAUCUGCAACCUGGCACGCCUCAACCGCGCGUUUCGUGGCGCCGCUUCCUCUGACUCUGUGUGGGAGCCCAAGCUGCCCUCUACCUACCCCCAGCUGCUGUCUCUGCUCCCGCCCGAGACCGUCAGCAACCGGAGUCCCCUGUCCAAGAAGAAGGACAUUUUCGCCUUCCUAUCGCGCCCUAUCCCCUUUGACGAGGGCACCAAGGUGCUCUGGCUAGACAGAGCCACCGGUGGAGUGUGCUUGUCGGUCUCCGCCAAGGGCAUGACCAUUACCGGGAUUGAGGACCGGCGAUACUGGAGCUGGAUUCCCACCGAAGAAUCAAGCCGCAGUAGCAGUUAUAUAAGAUGGUGGUGUGGUGGGCAUGAUAGCAGCGCUGUGGAUUCAAGUUCGAAGGCUGCUAAAUUGGUACAGCAUUUGGUUAGGCCUGCCUGGUGUCCAACUUUGAAGGGUUAUGCAGAAAUAUUGUUAGGUUAUGCCAAUUUUAGUUUGGAAGUCUGUAGCUUGAUGUGGCACUGUGGCAGAGCAGGAAAAGAUGAUGAAGUUCAUCUGCCAUACAGAAGAAUGUUAAAUUUAAACAGUUCUGAUUUGUUUAAUCGUAAAAAAAUGUGUAUUUUGGGGGACAAGACAUCACUUCUUUGUUUUAUCUUGUUUAAGGCGUGAACCAUCUAUGUUUUUCCAUGAAGGACUUAGUCUGAAAAGCUUGUAAGUGACACCCAACCAGCUAGUCUGGUGGUGUGUACCCGAGUCCCUUUCCAUAGGUCGACUGUUCGAACCUUUGGUGUGGCCUGUUGUUCUCCCAUUAUCCUUUAGUCCUCCAUGAUGAGCUACUUCCCCCAGGUGUGGUCUGAUCACCCAUCGCUAGGAACACACACAAAAAAAGAAAAGCUUGUGACCAAUUGCAAGUAUCAUUGUCUGGAUGUCACUGAGAAUGUAUGCUUUUUAUAAGAACCUCAACUUAAAAAUGGAUGCUAUAAAUGUCAAUUUUCAAUUCCUAGCUGGGGAUGUAGCAACAAUUAGUUGUAAAUGGUGGCUAAAUUAAGGAGAAUUUCUUGACAGUGUUUAUCUCGUUCAUGGCCUAUGAUCACACCAACCUUCCUUGAAGUGCCCACUUUGUUGACCAGGUAGGAACAUGCAUCCAUUGUUACUGAGUUUUGGUGGUUGACAUUGACUAAUGGUAAAAAUAAGUUACUGGGUACUCAACAACUCUGGGUUUGUGGGCACCAGUUUUACUUGACACUGACCUUUUGUUCAACUAGUUACAAACUUGAAUUUGAGGUUGACAAGGUGGCUACCGAAACUAAAUGAUCUCGAACCUACUCAACAGAUGAUUUGAUAUUUUCAUCCAUGAUUCAAUUUGAACCAAUUUUGCUAAUAGUUUCCUGUUCUUUUGGUAAUAUUGUAACACUGACAAUCCUUCCUAACCAUUUGUACAUGAGAAAAUAUAGGCAAUGGAGGCUUACCUCUAUAUGCAACCAUGUGUACAUUUGAGAAAUUUUCUCUGAAUUCUGAAUUUGCAUUAGAUAAUUCUAUUCAGAUUUUUCACGAUGUUGCUAUGAGUAUUGGUCAACAUAGUAAUAUUCCUAAUUCCCCCCUCAUCAAACAAAAAAAAAACAUUCUGUAGCUUUAGAAGUGAAUAAACUGGACUGAGUUCCUGCAGGAUAACAAUUGUGUUGCUGAGCAUGCAAAUAACUGUUGCGUUGACCAGAGACAAGAUGACCUGAUAAUUUUGGCAUGAUU